CGCAGCAGAACAGUAUGUCACCCCUCCGCGGGAAAUUCAGUCCUGCGCCACCUCCUUCUUCUUCUUCUUGUUGUGGAUUACAAACAUAACAGCGCUGUAAAACAUCUCUGGACGCAAGUCCCCGAGACAUUAACGUUAGUGGGCGUUGCUGGUACAUCUAACACGACAAAAUGUCAAAGAAGAAAGGACUUAGUUUGGAGGAGAAGAGAACCCGCAUGCUGGAGAUUUUCUUUGAAACGAAAGAUGUGUUUCAGCUGAAAGACAUUGAGAAGAUCGCCCCGAAGACAAAGGGCAUAUCUCCCAUGACUGUAAAGGAUGUGCUGCAGAGCCUGGUGGACGACAACAUGGUGGACUGUGAAAGAGUGGGUACGUCCAACUACUACUGGGCCUUUCCCAGCAAGGCCCUGCACGCACGCAAGCACAAACUGGAAGAGCUGCAAAACCAGACUUCUCAAGCAAAGCAGCGGAAGGAGUCUCUGCAGAAAGCGGUGGAAAAAGCCAAAGAGGGACGUGAAGAUACAAAGGAGAGAAGCUCUCUGCUGAAGGAGCUGAAGGAUCUGAGAGAAGAGCGAACUAAGCUGCAGGCCGAUUUGGAGAAAUACAGGGAGUGUGACCCAGAAGUCGUUGCGGAGAUGAGAAAGUCAAAUGUUGUUGCAAAAGAUGCAGUUUCCAGGUGGACAGACAAUAUUUUCUCCAUCAAGUCGUGGACAAAGAAGAAGUUUGCCUUUGAUGACAGCCGCAUCAAUAAAGCCUUUGGGAUCCCCGAGGACUUUGACUACAUGGACUGACUGCCAGCUUCUCUACCAGAGUUUAUGGUCAUAAUAAGGGAAAAAAUUAGUGUUAAAGCCUCAGUUUUGAGGCGGUAAUACCAGGUCUCAGCAGUUCUACUUUAUGUUCUGUGUGUUUGGCUGAUAAGGGCACCAGGAUUAUUUUUUCUGGCCUGAAGUGGGCUUCAAAUAAACGUGUAUCAGUAUUUUUGCUGCAGCAGAUGGACUUUAUCAGCAGAUACGUUGCUUUGGUGCAACCAGAGAAGAGAAGCGCCGACCAUUAGUGGCUGUGAGGGUUGAGGGGGGUCCUGUGAUAAACAAAACCUAGCAGUCUGACUUUUGGGACACCUGUUUGCAUGAAAACUGAGAGCCCUGAGUUAAUGAUGGAAAGCAAUCGAUACCUAACACAUCUGUGCAGCCAAUGAUCUAAUUUAUAUGGUUUAAACAGAUGGUUUGGAAUCAAAUGCUUGUGCACUUUUUUUCUCCGACGUUUUCCCUUUUUUUUUUUUUCACUCGAGGGGAAACUGGGAAAAAGGUUCUUGUGAGCAACAUCCAGUCCUUUCCAUUCCUAGGAGAAUUAAGUAAUAGAGGAUGUGUUUAGGAUAUGUUAUGUCUACGAGUGCUGUAAAUAUUUAAAGUUCAUUUACUUUUUGCAGAACCUCUUUUCUCGUGUUGCAAAUAAAAUGCCCCGCUGAGUUUUACGAGCCGUCUUCUGCACUCGCAUUCCUUCCUAAACUUGGCACGCAGUUCUCAAAUGUACUCGUACUUCUUUUUUGUGCUUUUAUUUCUUUAGAAGUUGCUGCUGAAAUAUUGCAAAAUCUGUCACACGGGCACAACACUUUUUUUUUUCCAGAGCUCGCACUCACCUUCUGUAUGGACAAAAAAGGAACACGAGCUACAAUGAUUACAGUCCUGCUUAUUUUCCUCCCCCCCUUUUUUUUUUUGCUGUCAAACCAGAUGCAAAACAGGUAGUUGUGUGUUCUGUUUUUACUUGAUGACCUACUUGCCAUUGUGUCUGGGUUUGUUGAUUUAAAUGUAAUAGUGCUCCAUGCUUGUCUUGUUCAUCAGUUUAGUCUACUUUUACAGUAAAUUAAUGCCAUGCAGGGUUGAUUUUCUGUUGAUUCAUUACUUGCUUUUCAUUCAAUGUUUGCAGUUUAUAUCUGUAACCAUUAAAGCAGAACAUGUAAAUAUUAA